AGUUAGACGUUACGACGUUAUUAGAUACGUCCUGUUCCGAUAAUUGCUCAACCUUUACAUUUUUUUUGUAUCGAAAACAAUGGAAUCCAGUGAAACAGAUGAAAUAAAUAAUAAGAUGCCAUGGCCGGCAUAUUCUGAAAUCUUUAAAUUUGAUUCAAAGUUGAGCAACGAAAAAAAUUAUGCAUUUGUUUGCAAAUUUUGCUUUGGGCAAAAAAUUAUUCAUGCGAAUAAAACUUCUACAGCGAACUUGAGGAAACACAUAAACAUUUCCAAAGAAUUUAUACAAUUCCAUAAGUUCUACAUUGAAUCAAAUCAGCAACAUAGAAUAGCAAAACAUCCACAUUACAUUAAAAAAAUAGACGAAAUCAAAGAUCAACUUAAAAAUAAACGUCAAAAUGAAGACGAAUCUAAAAAUGUUAUGAAAAAACAAUUAGUCCUAGAAAAAUGGGAAUCUAGUAAAAUAACUCAAAAAAAAGUGGAUACUGCUAUAUUGAGAUUUGUUAUUGAAACUGUUCAGCCCCUCUCACUAGUAGACAACCCUGCAUUCAUUGAUCUAUUUAAAAUCGGACUGCCUUCAUCAAUUCGAAUAAUAUGCACAAAAACGUUGCGAGAAAAACUUAUUCAAUCUUAUGUUGAUAUGAAAUCUGCACUUGAUAAAAAAUUAUCUAAAAUAGACAUAUUGUCAACUACAGCAGACUUAUGGAGUAAAGCAAAGAGAAGUUAUUUAGGAAUAACUGCUCAUUGGAUUGACGAAAGAACUUUAAAAAGAGAAUCAGCCGCACUGGCUUGCCGUAGAAUGAAGGGAAAGCAUUCAUUUGAUGUUUUGGCAAGUGCUAUUAAUUCCGUGUUCUUGGAAUACCACAUACAAAAUAAAGUGUGUUGCACUACAACAGAUAAUGGUUCCAAUUUUGUUAAAGCAUUUCGAGAAUUUGAGAAAGAUGAAAUUGACAUUAACAUAGAAUUCCAUGAUUUAAAUAAUUUACUAACUAUACAUGAAACAAAAGAUAUAGAAGCAGAAGAUUUGGAAUUCAUUACUCUUCCGCCACAUCAUAGAUGCGUUAGUCACACAUUAAAUCUUAUUGCGGUCAAAGAUGCCGAUAAAGCUUUAGAUGAUAUUUCAUAUAAGAAAAAAUAUAGAGUAACCUUUGCCAAACUGUCAAAAUUAUGGAAUAAACAGAAUCAGUCCACACAAGUGGCAGAUAAAAUUAAAGAAAAUUGUGGGGUAUAUUUAAAAACUCCCGUUAUUACAAGAUGGAAUUCAACUUUUGAUUCCGUUUAUCAAUUGGUGACUCUUUUGAAAGAAGACUCAGAUAAGAUAAAUCAGUGUUUGGAUUUUUGUAACUUACAAAGAUUAACAAAUAAUGAAAUUAAAUUUUUAGAUGAAUAUUGUCAGGUAAUGGAACCUUUGGCAAAGGCAUUAGACAUCUUGCAAAGCGACAUUGGUAUGUACAUGGGAUAUUUGUUACCCGUCUUAAAUAGUUUGCAAGAAAAACUUCUAAACAUUGAGCAUCAAUUAAUGGAUUGCCGUUCUUUAACUAAAGCCAUUCAACAAGGUUUAAAUAAAAGGUAA